UUUUGUGCUAUUGUUAGGGUUUCUUAUACCCACAGCUUUUGUUUGAUGAUGGGGAAAUGAGAUCAAGGAUGCAAAUUAGAGCAUUAAUAUAUGGGGCGGAACGCUGUGAUAUCUGUGGUGAUAUUGGGUUUGCAGAGACAAUUAUUACAUGUGAGAAGUGUAAAAUUAACCAAGAACAUCUCUAUUGCAUGGAGACAUUUCGUAUAGAGCAACCAGAGGUUUGGAUAUGUGAAGAAUGCACUCCUAGGGACGGGAAUCAGUCAUCAUGUGGAAAGAAUGGGCUUUCUGAGGCACCAAAUUUUACGAUCUCUUCUAAGGAUCAUCGUGAGAAUUUACAGUGUGCAUAUCCAAGAAAAUCGUACCGUGGUCGUGGUUGGGUUGACUGGGAAAAGAAGGUUGCAAAAGGGAGAACAAAAUAUAUUUCUGCUGAAGAAGCAAUUGUGCUACCAAAACUCCAAAAUGUUGCUUCCAAUAUAAAGAUAACUAGACAUUCAAACCCCCUAUCACCUAAGAAACAUGUAUCAUCUCCAUUGUCCAGGACUCCUGUCAAUCCUGGUACUAGUAUUCCUAAAUUUCAGCAACCUAAAAAGCAUCCUACUUCGUUGGGUCCACAACAUUUGAAGACUCAAAGUCUUGACAUUUCCAAGAAACGUCCUACUUCUUCGUCGAGUCUACAACACCCGAAGACUCAAAGUCUUGAAAAUUCCAAGAAACAUCCUACUUCAUCAGGUCUACAACAUCCAAAGACUCAAAGUCUUGAAAAUUCCAACAUUAGUCAAGUGACUCAACCAAAAGAGCAAUCCUCUAAAGUGCUAAACGUUUCAGAUAGAACUGUUCAACCCCCUGCAAAGAGGCAUAUUGAGAGGCAACAGUCUCCCAAGGCUUUUAACCCUAUUGCUGAAGUAAAAAUGACUGAGAAGUUUGUGGAAAAGAAGAGGAGUGACAUAUUUUCAUCUGUACAAUCUCAUUCCUGUAAACAUAUUAUUUCAGGACCUAUGGAAAAGGAGCGAGCUGUUGAGACUGAUAAGAAUAUUGGAGAUACUAAAAUAACUCGUACUAUAGCCAAAGAAACUACAGACAAGCAUACAUCAGUGGCAUCAGCUUGUUGCCUUCAGGUUAUAUCUGUUAGUGAUGGUUGUGCCACAACGGAGCGUGGGACUUCAAAUGUGAAUCUGAUGUCUUUCUCAACUAAUAACGAGAAAUGCUUUAGCGAUCCUGCCCAGCAUCCCUCCUGGAAGGGAAGCUUCAACGUCUGUGAUAAUCUUAAUUUCAAGGGAUUCCAAGCUCAUCAUCCCUUGAGAGUUCGUAGGAAGGUCUGUGAGUUCUCGAAGCUUUUACCUGAGAUUCUCGACUUCAAAUUAGUUCCGCGGGGGAAUCUCUGGGGCAAGCUAUUCCAUGAUUAUUGCCCAACGAGAGAAGAUGUAGGACUCUAUUUCUUCCCGAGUGACAAGGACAGAUCCAAAGAGUACAUGACCCUACUGGAGUUGAUCCGAGACCAAGACUUGAUGAUGAGAAAGCAGAUAGACAAUGUUGAAAUACUUGUUCUUACGUCUACUGUGCUGCAAAUGGAAUGUCAAAAAGUGGAAGGAAAGUACUUCUUGUGGGGGUUAUUUCACCGCAUUGGUAAAAAGGACAAAGUGGUCAACAUAGAAUUCGUUGACAAGGAGGUAGACAUUAGCGGUAAAGACAAUGAGGAGGUGGUCGCCAUGGAAAUUGACAUGACAGGUGGGGGGCCGAGCGUGGGUAAAGCCGACUCUAUUAACAGUGGAGACGAUGAUAAAGAGGUCGACAUGGAGAUUGACAUGAUAGGCGGGCGAAAUGUGGGUAAACAAGAUGUAGUAAUUCGACGUGACAGUUCUGGGAACAGAUACGAAAGCUCGACACCAACAACACCUGUUACUGCCAGCGGUGUGAUGCAAUGUGGUCUCUCAAAAGUUAAAAGAGAAGAACCAUUUCAAGAUUGGCCUCCGGGUUUUAAACCUAGGAACAAAUCUGAAUGCUCAACACCGACUGCUGGUGGAGAUGUUAGUGUUCCUCCGGGUUUUAAACCGUUACUGCCUAGGAGCAAAUUUGAAUGCUCAACACCGACUGCUAGUGGAGAUGUUAGUGUUCCUCCGGGUUUUAAACCGUUACUGCCUAGGAACAGAUCUGAAUGCUCAACACCGACUUCUGUUGGAGAUGUUCGUGUUCCACCGGGUUUUAAACCAUUACUGCCUCCCUGAAAACCAUGAAUAAUGGCAUAUAAUGGGUGGUGGUAAUGUACAGCUUGCUUUUGGCUUGUGACUCAAACUCCUUUCCCCUAGAGGCUAGAUCAAGCUUACUGGGGGUGAAUAUAGAGUAACUUUGUUAUACAAGUGCUGUAAAUUUGAGAGAUUGAUUGCCUGUGGAUCACUGAUAAAGUAAUCUUUUGUUA